AUAUUAAAGGUGUGUUUAUUAAAGAUCUGUGUAAAGUAUGUGUGUUAUAAUAACACUUAUUAAGGAAUAAAACUAUGUUUAAUAAUGUUGUAGACAAGAGAAUGUUUUCUAUUGUGUCUUUUUAAUGAAUGAUGUAGUGGGGAUUUAGUGUAGACAUAAAGGGGAGGUGGUGUAGAUGUAGUGUAGACUUGGUGGAGAUGUAGUGGGGCUGAAGUGGACACUUGGUGGAGAUGUAGUGGAGAUGUAGUUGGGCUGAAGGUGAGACUUGGUGGAGCUGAAGUGGAGACUUGGUGAAGGUGUAGUGGAGAUGUAGUGUAGACUUGGUGGAGAUGCAGUGGAGACAUAAAGGAGAUGUGGUGUAGACUUGGUUCAGAUGCGGUGUAGACUUGGUGGAGAUGAAGUGGAGACUUGGUGAAGGUGUAGUGGGGCUGAAGUGGAGACAUAAAGGAGAUGUGGUGUAGACUUAGUGGGGAUGUGGUGGAGAUGUAGUGUAGACUUGGGGGAGCUGAAGUGGAGACUUGGUGAAGGUGUAGUGGGGAUGUGGUGGAGAUGCAGUGGAGACAUAAAGGAGAUUUGGUGGAGAUGCAGUGGAGACUUGGUGUAGACUUGGUGGAUAUGUGGUGGAGACUUGGUGGAGCUGAAGUGUAGACUUGGUGGAGAUGUAGUAGGGAUGUGUUGGAGACAUGGUGGAGAAAAAGCAGGACUCAAAGAAACCGACUCAUCUAUAGCAGGUUGUAUUGAGUGUGAUGUUGAAGCUGUACAGAUGAAGAGGCGAGAGCUGGACAGACUGUGAGACUAAAGCGCCGCUGCAUCGUCUCUCUUUAUGUAGAGAUGAAGCCAGAGAUAAAAACCAGUGCUCCUUUCACCAGCAGGAAGUCAACCUGUAUUUUGUGUUUAAUAUGAACGGAGCGGCGUUUCCGUCUCCCACGGCCGAGAUGGCCGAGAUGAACCGCAUCCACUACGAGCUUCAGUACACGGAGGGCAUCAGCCAGCGCAUGCGUGUACCUGAGAUGCUGAAGGUCGCCUCGUACGCCAGCGAGGAGAAGGACGGUAGCGCCAAUCCAGGCCACGAUUUGCUGCACACCACCAUGAUGCAGGUCCCCGAUAGGAUCAUCGUAGCAGGAGACCAGGAAGACACACAGUUCUCCAGACCUAGAGAUCUGGAUCUGAUCCAGUCCACACCGCUUGAGACGUUGUCUCUGAAGACUCCGCCUCGGGUUCUCACCCUCAACGAACGGCCUCUUGACUUCAUGGAAAUGGAGCAUCCCAGUGAAGAGGUACGUACGCAGACACGAGCACGCAGAGAACGUUCAGUCAGCGAAAACGCAGCUGUGCGUCACAACGGCCAGGUGCCCAGAAACGACUCCUCAGGUGUUUCUCCUCCUUCUCCGUCCACUCUGCGUGCUCUGUCACUCCGUCGUCCCCCUGAUGAGGUGCAGGGUGUUUCUGGUGCACGCAGCGUUCUCUCCUUCCUCCAGUCCAGCACUCGUCGGGCCUACCAGCAGCUUCUGGAGGUCCUGGAUGAGAACCAGCGCAGUAAGCCUUCUCUCAGGGGAGGUUCCACCUCCUCUAACCUCCAGCAUGACAGCAGAUUUGCACUGGACACGACUAUGGAAGGUGGAGAAGAUCUGGCUGUGGGAGACGCUACAGCUUUAAGGAGACAGAUCAUCAAACUGAACCGAAGGCUGCAGCUCUUAGAGGAAGAGAAUAAAGAGCGAGCCAAGCGUGAGAUGAUCAUGUACUCCAUUACUGUGGCCUUCUGGCUCAUCAACAGCUGGGUGUGGCUCCGCCGCUGAAUUAAAACAAAUUAAAAUAAAAACACCUGGUUUCACCUAAGCUCCGCCUCCUCGCUUCAGGUGUCAAACAUCAGCCCAUGUCCCAAAGCUGGUGAGACUCCCCGCCUGCACAGGACGACUCCUUCAGCUACAGGACGCUCCUCUUCAUGUAGAUUUGUGAUUCUUUUUUAUUUUUAAAGCAUCGGCAUCAUCACUCACGGCCGUGCAUGAACCAGAUGUUUGUAUAAACAUGUAAAAGUGCAGGGCUUUGUGAUGCUGAAUCUCUCUCUAUAUACACACAUAUAUACUGUAUAUAUAAACUAGUGUUGUAGACGAGACUCAGCAUCACAGAGCCCUGUGCUUGUAUUCGGUCAGUUCUCAGAUCAUCUUCCACCUCUUUGUAUUCGCGAAAGCACAACAAUACAGAGAAAGAUGAACCUGUUCUGGAUGUCUGUUAUGUAUAAAUAUGGACCCAAGAAAUGUGGACACACUCGUCCCAAAGUUCUGCUGAUAGCCGGAAUGAUAGUAUUUAAGGAAUGUCUCAGAUUUCUGUAACGUUGUCACGUCUCGAGGUUUUCCGUAACGUCCUGUCCUGUCUUUCUUGUGACGGAUGUAAAGACCGUGUUCAGAAUUUGAGACCAUGUUCGGAAUGAGACCAUAAUGAUGUUUUAUUAUUACUCUCUCUCUCUCUCUCACUCUCUCACUCUCUCUCUCUCUCUCUGAGUCAUCCAUAUGCACUAUACUAUAACUACAGAGCACUUCUGUUUAAAUAAAGAAUUACGGUAUCUCCAUA